CACACAAAUACGUACACUCAUACACUCUCCCUCGCAUAUACACACACGCAUACAAUCCCUACAAGUGUUCUUAUUACCUACUUUGUAUUCGCAAGGACAGUAAAAUAAUAACAUGUUGUCGAGCAAAGCAAGCAGUGACUCUCAUGGACAAGACUCAUCUUACUUCCUUGGGUGGCAAGAGUACGAGAAGAACCCUUACCAUGAAACCCUAAAUCCUGCGGGGAUUGUUCAAAUGGGUCUCGCCGAAAAUCAGCUUUCGUUCGACUUUAUAGAGUCGUGGCUUGAUGAACAUCCCGAGGUGUUGGGGUUGAAGUCGAAGAAGGAAGAAUCCGUGUUUAGAGAGUUAGCUCUCUUCCAAGAUUACCAUGGCUUGCCUGCUUUCAAGGAUGCCAUGGCGAAAUUCAUGGCGAAAAUCAGAGAUAACAAAGUGAAAUUCGACCCAACAAAGAUCGUCCUCACUGCUGGUUCAACCUCAGCUAACGAGACUCUGAUGUUUUGCCUCGCUGAUCCCGGGGACGCCUUCCUUCUCCCCGCGCCGUACUAUCCCGGGUUUGAUAGAGAUCUGAAAUGGAGAACGGGAGUGGAAAUCGUUCCUAUCCAUUGUUCAAGCUCAAACGGCUACAAGAUCACUGGGGAUGCGUUGGAAGACGCAUAUGAACGUGCUCAGAAACGUGGCUUGAAGGUUAAAGGAGUGCUUAUAACGAAUCCUUCGAACCCUCUAGGGACAUCCGCAACACGAGAAGAGCUCGACUUGCUUCUAACCUUCACCGCCUCGAAGAAAAUCCAUAUGGUAAGCGAUGAAAUCUACUCGGGGACGGUGUUUGACUCGCCCGAGUUCACUAGCAUUCUAGAAGCUGCAACUGACAAGAACAUGGAUUUGGACAAGGAUACAUGGAAACAAAUCCAUGUCGUUUACAGCUUGUCCAAGGAUCUCGGUCUGCCCGGUUUUCGCGUCGGGAUGAUUUACUCGAACGACGAGAAAGUCAUCUCGGCUGCCACGAAAAUGUCGAGUUUCGGGCUCAUCUCUUCCCAAACUCAGCAUUUGCUUGCAAACAUGCUCGGCGACGAGAAGUUCACAAACAACUACCUGGAGGAGAAUCGAAAGAGGCUGAGAGAGAGGAGAGACAUGAUGGUGUCCGGUCUGAAAAGGGCAGGGAUCAGUUGCUUGAAGGGCAAUGCAGGUUUGUUCUGUUGGGUAGACAUGAGGCAUCUUCUGAAAUCGAACACCUUCGAAGCCGAGAACGAGCUCUGGACAAAGAUCGUAUGCGAAGUUGGUCUGAAUAUCUCUCCCGGGGCGUCUUGCCAUUGCGACGAGCCUGGAUGGUUCAGGGUUUGUUUCGCGAAUAUGUCGGAGAAAACGCUCGGAGUGGCCAUGAACCGCGUCAAAGGUUUCGUAGAGGCAAUGGAGAUGCACAAUGGAGGGAAGCCAUUGAAGAGAACCAUGUGGGAUUCAAGGAGGAGAUCUCUUAUCAACAAAUGGGUUUCCAAGCUAUCUUCUGGUAACUAUGAAGCAGAGCGCUGAGAAGUUUUCAGGGUUCUUGAUAAGGUUUUUUUUUUUCCUACCAAAAAAAAGUUUUUUUUUUUCACUCUGAUUCUGGAAGAAACCAGGUUGGAGUAAAAGUCCUGUUUUUUUUUUUUGGGAUCCAGUGAAGGGUCUUGUUUGAAUGUGUUCAUCAAGUUGUAUAUUCUUUCAUUCAUUCAAAUAUUAUUUGUAGACA